CUGCCUGCCUGCCUGCCUGCCUGCCUGCCGGGCACCAUGGCUGGCAUCGCGGCCAAGCUGGCAAGGGACCGCGAGGCGGCCGAGGGUCUGGGCUCGCACGAGCGGGCCAUCAAGUACCUCAACCAGGACUACGAGCAGCUGCGGGACGAGUGUCUGCAAUCGGGGACUCUCUUCCAGGACCCCGCCUUCCCGGCCAUCCCCUCCGCCCUGGGCUACAAGGAGUUGGGACCCUACUCCAGCAAGACUCGGGGCGUCGAGUGGAAGCGGCCCACGGAGAUCUGCGAUGACCCUCAGUUCAUUCUUGAAGGUGCCACCCGCACUGACAUCUGCCAGGGAGGCCUGGGUGACUGCUGGCUGCUGGCCGCCAUCGCCUCCCUCACCCUGAACGAAGAGGUCCUGGCUCGUGUCGUCCCCCCCAACCAGAGCUUCCAGGAAAACUAUGCAGGGAUCUUCCACUUCCAGUUCUGGCAAUACGGCGAGUGGGUGGAUGUGGUGGUGGACGACAGGCUGCCCAUCAAGGAGGGAGAGCUGAUGUUUGUGCACUCGGCUGAGGGCAGUGAGUUCUGGAGCGCCCUGCUGGAGAAGGCUUAUGCCAAGAUCAACGGCUGCUAUGAAGCCCUUUCUGGGGGUGCCACCACUGAGGGUUUCGAGGACUUCACAGGAGGCAUCGCCGAGUGGUACGAACUGAACAAAGCUCCACCCAAUCUGUUCAAGAUCAUCCAGAAGGCCCUGCAGAAAGGCUCGCUCAUGGGCUGCUCCAUUGAUAUCACCAGCGCAGCUGACUCCGAGGCCGUCACCUUCCAGAAGCUGGUGAAGGGCCAUGCAUAUUCUGUCACCGGAGCAGAGGAGGUGGAAAGCCGUGGGAGCCUGCAGAAGCUGAUCCGAAUCCGAAACCCCUGGGGCCAGGUGGAGUGGACUGGGAAGUGGAGCGACAACUGCCCCAACUGGAACACUAUUGACCCAGAGGAGCGGGAGAGGCUGACCAUGCGGCAGGAAGAUGGAGAGUUCUGGAUGUCGUUCGGGGACUUCCUGCGGCACUACUCCCGCCUGGAGAUCUGCAACCUCACCCCCGACACCCUCACCAGCGAGUCCUACAAGAAGUGGAAACUCACCAAGAUGGACGGCAGCUGGCGGCGGGGCUCCACUGCGGGCGGCUGCAGGAACUACCCGAACACCUUUUGGAUGAACCCUCAGUACCUCAUCAAGCUGGAGGAGGAGGACGAGGAUGAUGAGGAUGGAGAGAGCGGCUGCACCUUUCUGGUGGGCCUCAUCCAGAAGCACCGGCGGCGCCAAAGGAAGAUGGGUGAAGACAUGCACACCAUCGGCUUUGGCAUCUACGAGGUCCCCGAAGAGCUGACGGGACAGACCAACCUCCACCUCAACAAAAAGUUCUUCCUGACCAACAGAGCGAGGGAGCGGUCGGACACCUUCAUCAACCUACGGGAGGUGCUCAACCGAUUCAAACUGCCACCUGGCGAGUACAUCCUGGUACCCUCCACCUUUGAGCCCAACAAGGAUGGCGACUUCUGCAUCCGGGUCUUCUCUGAGAAGAAGGCUGACUACCAAGUUGUUGAUGAUGAAAUUGAUGCCAACAUUGAAGAGAUUGAUGCCAACGAAGACGACAUCGAUGAUGGAUUCAGGAGGCUCUUUGCCCAACUAGCUGGGGAGGAUGCUGAGAUUUCUGCCUUUGAGCUGCAGACCAUCCUGAAACGAGUUCUCGCCAAGCGCCAAGAUAUCAAAACGAAUGGCUUCAGCAUCGAGACGUGCAAGAUCAUGGUUGACAUGUUGGAUGAGGAUGGCAGCGGGAAGCUGGGGCUGAAGGAAUUCUACAUCCUCUGGACCAAGAUUCAGAAAUACCAAAGAAUUUAUCGGGAAAUCGAUGUGGAUCGCUCCGGGACCAUGAACUCCUAUGAGAUGCGGAAAGCACUAGAGGAAGCAGGUUUCAAGCUGCCCAAUCAACUGCACCAAGUCAUCGUGGCUCGGUUUGCAGACGACGAUCUAAUCAUCGAUUUUGACAAUUUCGUCCGUUGCUUGGUCCGACUGGAAACACUUUUCAAGAUAUUUAAGCAGCUGGAUCCCGAGAACACUGGAACCAUAGAGCUCAAUCUUAUCUCUUGGUUAUGUUUUUCUGUACUUUGAAAUUGUCUUCCAUCUGCCUGAGGACUUCUGGUGAAAGAAAUUCAGCUACGGACUCAGUUUCCACAGGGAAUUUUUAACAUUUUAUCUGGACCUUGGAAUUAUGGAAUAUUUACUUAAACUGAUGAUCAUAGCUGAAAGUAAUACUGAAAUAGACCUUACAGCUACCAAAGGUCUGCAUAUCACCCUAUUAAAACUAGUCCAGCCCUAAGGCCCUUCCUAAACCCAAAGAAAGCUUUAAACCUAUA